CACGUAUGCCGUUGACUAUAAAUAUAGAGCAGAGUUGAGUUGAAUCAGAGAAGAAUCGCCAGAAUUGAAGCUGAGCUGAAUUGAUUUGUCCUCAUCUCGAAAAUAACCAUAACUUGAAAGAAACGAUGCCCAAAGAAAAUAAGAUAACCUUGACAAAAAAGAAUGGCAAUGAGCAAACGUAUGAGGAAGAUAAUGAAUCUAUCCCAGCAGAAAACAAUUUUGUGAAGGCUGUGGUAGACUAUGGCAACUGGAUUAUCUACAAUACUCAAGCUAGUGGCGAAUGGAAUUAUAAAUUCGUUCCACUAUAUGACGGUAAUGCCUUUGGACAGAUCGACAACGGAGCAACGCCAAUCACUGCUGUAAAAACCAUCAAUUUUGUUGAGAAUGGCAUUUGUUUGUUUGAACACCACCAUUUUUGGGGGAACAAUUUCACCUAUACAGACACCACAUCUACUGAAUCCACAUUUCCUACUGGGGAAGGGUCGAAAGGUGUGUCUUCGAUCAUUGUAUUUGGAGGCAAUUGGAAAUUGUACACAACAGAUGGAAAGACCAAGACAGUUUCUAAGAGCGAGUGCCCAGAUGUGUCGAAAAUUGGUCUCAAUCACGACACAAUUUUCAAAGUGGAAAAAGUUUAAAUGCUGUGAAAGCCCCUCGUGAUUUGUGUAAUAAAUACUACAUUUUAAUAUCACUUUAAUUCCACGUUAUUUUUCAAUAUAAUAAAGAAAUGUUAGAAUUGCA